AUGCAGGGCCAUCCUGCCGCAGCUGAGCAGCGGGAGCGCGACUCCCGGCCAGCGGAGGCGCCCGCGGUGCCCGCGGUGGGAUGGCUGUGGGACAAGAAGGCCGCCGACACGCGCAAGCGGCUGCAGGAGCAGAACCUGCGGCCCAAGAAGUCCCUGGGCCAGAACUUCAUGCUGGAUGACGAUGUGCUGGCAGCCAUCGUGGCGGCCGCGGGCGUGCAGCCGGGAGACCUGGUGCUCGAGGUGCUCGAGCUGCGCCUGGUGUGUGGCGACAUCCUGCGCCAGAACCUGCCGCAGCUGCUGCACGGCAUGCAGCAGCACCGCACCGGCUGGCUGGCGGCGCGGCAGCCUGCGGCGUACCCUGCGGCGGCACCUGCGGAAGCGCCGCAGCCGCGGCCGGAGGACGGCGGCGGAGGCAGCGCGCAGGACGUGCAGCAGCCGGCGGCCUCCCAGCAGCAGCACCUGGACGGCGCGCCGCCUCUGCACUUACAUCAACAUGCGACACCACAGCAGCAGGCGACACGCCAGCAGCAGGCGGCACCCCAGCAGCAGGCGGCACCCCAGCAGCAGGCCCAGCAGGACCCGCGUGUGCUGGUGGUGGCCAACCUGCCCUACUACAUCACCAAGGACUGCCUGGCACAGAUGCUGCCGCUGGGCGGGCGCGUCGCCGCCCUCUACUUCAUGCUGCAGCACGAGGUGGGUGUGCGGCUGACGCAGGAGGACCCCGGGGCGUCCGACUGGCGGGCGAUGAACCUGGUGACGCAGUACUACAGCCAGGCGCAGUACCUCUUUGAGAUCGACCGCCGCAAGUACCACCCCUCCCCCAAGGUCAACGGCGCGGUGGUGCGCUUUGCGCUCACGCCGCCCUCCCAGCGCCUGGCGGUGCCCUCCGAGCCAGACUUCCUCAAGUUGAUCAAGAAAGCGUUCAGCCAGCGGCGCAAGGUGGUGCGCAAUGCGCUGCGCCCGCUGUACGAGCCGGGCCAGGUGGCGGCGGCGCUGGCGGCGGCGGGGCUCAGCGAGGAUGCACGGGCCCAGGACCUCACGCUGCUCCAGUUCGGGGAGCUGGCGUGGCGGCUGCAGGCCAGCGGUAGUGAGCUGGGGCCUUCGGCGGCGGGGAAUGAGGACGGAGGAGGCGCGGAGCAGCCUGGCCCAGGUGUCGCUCAGGAGUGA